CCCUACCUAGUGCACUAGGCGUGGAUAUGACACACAGCCUUCCUCCACAGCGCCGUGUAAACAUGGCCGACAGCAUGCAAGCUCAAAAACUCGACCUCAUUUUCCAGCAUAUAAGAAACGUUCCUGAUUUUCCCGUCAAAGGCAUCGUGUUCAAGGAUAUUUGUCCUAUUCUGAAGGAACCUAAAGCUCUGGCUGCAGUUAUUGAUCUGUUUGAGGAACAUGUCAGGAAAACCCACCCAAAUACUGAACUCAUUGUGGGUCUGGAGGCCCGUGGCUUUCUGUUCGGCCCGCUAUUGGCCCAGAGAUUAGGAAUCGGCUUCGUCUUGGUCAGGAAGAAAGGAAAACUUCCUGGUCCCACAGAGUGUGUAUCGUACACCCUCGAGUACGCCACGGCUGAGGCGGAGAUUCAGUCUGACGCUGUGCAGCCAGGACAGAAUGUUCUGAUCAUCGACGACCUGCUGGCUACUGGAGGGACACUACAUGCAGCGUGUGAGCUGAUGAAGAAACAGAAGGCUCAUGUGCUCGGCUGCUUGGUGGUGAUCGAGCUGAAGGACCUCGGCGGAGCACAAACACUCCCCAGCCCCGUCUUUUCUUUGUUACAAUGCUGAACAUACUUUCACAUCUGUACCGAGAUGUACGACGCAUUCCAUGUUUACACCGAGAUAUGAGUUCAUACGCAUGAGAUUCUUUUCAAUCUCUUGCGUCUCAUUAAUUUAAAGAAUAAUGGUAGAGGGUUUAAGUAAUCAUCAGAUAAUUGCAGGAGGAUUCGCCAAGUGGGACGCUUUGUCCUUCGGGAUGCGGCUAUGCAGUUACAAACAAUCUAUAGUCAAGGCAAUAUAUCUGAAUAAGAAACAAUUUCAGCGUCAUUCCACUAGUUGGGAUGUGAAUAGUAAGACAUCUGCUGUAAUUAUUGCACCGAUUCUGCUUUUCUUCAUAUGUCUGUUGUUCAUUAAGCCGGUUCACUGGAGCCUGUUUUACAAACGUGCCAUGAUUAUGUUUUAGUUUGUCGAUGAGAUCAUACAUUUGUUAGUUAGCUAUCUUCAUCAUUACAGUUAGCCAUUUCAAGACAGGAUUUCUCUUAAAUGUAAAAUCCACCCUGAACGUCUUCCAUGUCCAUCUCAUACAAACAAAAAUUCAAAAAUAUCUAGAAACGACCUGGACUGACUUUUACUAAACCAGUAAAAAUAUUUGAUACGUUAAUAACAAGCAAACACUAGAUUAUCCAUCAGCUGAGGAUUUUGUGAUUUAACUGCAAAGCUGCAAUCAGACACACUCCGGUCCAUCAAACACAUUUCUUUUAUCAUAAUCUAUGCUUUAGGUUUUGACUUUCUUCCUUUUAUUUUAAUCAAUGACAAAUAUAAGUGUGUUCAUUAAAUGUCCUCAGAGGCAUUUUAGUCACAGACCUAACACACUAGCAUGAGCUUGUGUUUCUGAUCCAGACUCUAAAGCACAGCUAUAUACAGUAAAAGAAGCCCUGGAUCAGUGGGUCUGCUAAAUGCAACAAACACAAUAAAAUGAAGCAGUUUAAACUUUGUUAUAUACGGAUCGUACGGUCAAAAGUGUAAAAAUCCAUGCAAACUCAUUCAUGAUGAAGUUUAGUGACACUGUUUACAUAAGUGUAAUCUCUCAUACAAACUUUAUUAACCUCUUAGCUUUUGUUUGAGAUUUUCUUUUCCUCCUCAUGCUACAUUCUAUACAGCGGUGGUUUCUAUUCUCACUGAUGCAGUAAAAAUGCCACUUCAUGAACGACCUGAAGAACAUAGACUUCUGACUACAGAAAAUGCUGUAUAUAUGCAAACGGAUGUUUGAGCAAUUCAAAUGAUCGACUUUGUUACCCAUUAAAAAAGUUUAAAGUA